AUGAUAUGGAUUGAAAAGUACAGGCCAAGGUCGUUCGAUGAGAUGAUUGGUCGAGAAGAAGCCUCGGGUCUUCUGAAGAGUUACACCCUGGAGACAAUUCCGCACAUGAUAGUGCACGGGAGGUCUGGGCACGGCAAGAAAACCGUCCUGUUGUGCCUGGUAAACCACCUGUAUGGAAGCAUCCCCGAGAUGAAGAUUAGGACAACAGAGGUUCUAAGCGGUGCAAAGAAGAUAGAGGUGUCGUACAUGGAGUCUGACGAGUAUGUUGAGAUUUCGCCGUCUCGGUAUGGAUAUCACGACAGGGCAGUUAUACAGAGCAUAAUCAAAGAGAUGGGGCAGACAAAGCCUAUACUGUCAAUGCUUGCAAGGUCCCGGCGGGCACCAAUCAAGCUUGUCGUCAUAACCUCUGCCGAGGAGCUGACUCUGGAGGCCCAGGCUGCACUCCGGAGGACAAUCGAGGUAUACAGCGGGGUUCUCCGGGUUGUGUUGGUGUGCAACGAGCUUUCAAGGCUGAUAGAGCCAAUAAGAAGUAGAUGCUUCUUCCUUCGGAUCCCGGGGUUUUCAGACGAGGAUGUCACAUCAAACAUGUGCAGGAUACUGGAGAAGGAGAACUACACCGUUCCAAAGGAGACGCUUGUCGAGAUAUGCAGGGAGUCUGGAGGAGACAUGAGAAGAGCACUCUGUGUCCUUGAGCUGGUCUGCUUCAACAUGAACGAGUCUGAGGCAAAAAGAGCAAAGAUCGGUGGCAGGGAUCUGAAGCUUGAGUGGGAGCUGGCAGUCAUGUCUAUUGCAGGUGUCGUUAAGUGCAACCAGACGUCUAGUGGACUGGUUGAGAUAAGAAAGACCCUGUACAUGCUCCUGAACUCAUGCAUACCCCCCAGGACUAUCCUUGUUGAGCUGCUGCGCAAUCUUAUUCUUGGGGAGGAUUUCAGGACAUUCCUUCUGCUGUCACAGCAUGCACUGAAGUAUGAGGAGAGAAUAAGGCUUGGCAUGAAGAGCAUAUACCACUUGGAAGGGUUUGUUACGUCGUCCAUGUGUGUGUUCAGCGAGAAGAAGUACAGUUGA